UUAGCUUUACAAAAUGCACAGGCUUUGGAGAGAAUGCGGCUUAAGCUUACCGCAACUCAUGAACAAGAAAUGGAGGAAUUAAGGAUGGAGAGCCAAAAAGAUUAUGAAAGAACUGCGCUGAGGUUGUCAGGAGAUGUGGAAACCAUGGAAAUAGAACAUCGAAAAGCUUUGAGGCAGUUAAAAGCGGAUUUGACUGAGAAACACGAAAAAGAAAUGAAAGAAUUACGGGAGGAGUUGAGUGCUAAAGACAAGCAAUUGAUUGACUUGACCAAGAGCCAUGGCGAGGAAUUGGCAGAUGUGAAGAAUCGACAGUACAAUGAUCUGUUGGAUGAGGUUUCGAACGUGAGGGACGAGUUUGCGUUGCAAGCAGUACAGCAAGUUCAAGAAGCGAAGUUAGAAAUGGCAGAAGACAGUUUUAAAAAGGAUGCUGUCAUCCAAGAAUAUGAAGAUAAGAUCCACCAGAUCUUAGAACAACACGAAAAACAGAUUAAAGACUUGAGUACGGAAUAUGAUUCGCAGAUAAAAGAACUUAGAGACGAGCUUGAAUUAUCUAAGCAAUGGGCAACAAACGAUAAAGGGAAAGAGGAAGAACUGCUGGAACAGUACGAAGCGAAAAUUAAAGAUAUUAAGCAGCAUUACGAAAAUGAGAUUGCGGUAUUAAAGCACCAAAAUCAGUCCAUAAGUCAAGACGUUAAUGAGAAAUACUUGUCGGAGGAAAUGGAAAAGUGUCGUAGCCAAGUCGAAGAGUUAGGAGCUAGAUUACAA